UUCUCACGCAUUCUUGGAGUGCUUCUGUGGUGUUCUCCUUGCAGCCCUUCUUUUGGUUUCUUUCUGAAAAUCGCCUAUCUACGCGCGCUGUUGGUCGAUCUGUGUGCUAAUUGAAUCGAUUUGAUUUGAGUUAGGGUUUGUUAAAAGUAAUUCAAGAUGUUUGGUAGGGCGCCUAAGAAAAGUGAUAACACUAGGUACUAUGACAUUCUUGGGGUGCCUAAGACGGCGAGCCCUGAUGAUUUGAAGAAGGCCUACAAGAAGGCAGCUAUCAAGAAUCAUCCUGACAAGGGCGGUGACCCUGAGAAAUUCAAGGAGCUUGCUCAUGCUUAUGAGGUUCUUAGUGACCCCGAAAAACGUGAGAUCUAUGACCAGUAUGGGGAAGAUGCACUCAAGGAAGGAAUGGGAGGCGGUGGUGGAAUGCAUGACCCAUUCGACAUCUUCUCAUCCUUCUUCGGUGGGAGCCCAUUUGGAGGCGGUGGCAGUAGCAGGGGACGAAGGCAAAGAAGGGGAGAAGAUGUGGUACACCCACUGAAGGUGUCUCUUGAGGAUUUGUAUCUUGGAACCACCAAGAAGCUCUCUUUGUCACGCAAUGUGAUUUGCUCGAAGUGUAGUGGUAAAGGUUCAAAAUCCGGAGCGUCAAUGAAGUGCUCAGGGUGCCAAGGAAGUGGUAUGAAAGUCACAAUUAGGCAGCUCGGCCCUGGCAUGAUUCAGCAAAUGCAGCACCCUUGCAAUGAAUGCAAAGGAACAGGAGAGACUAUCAAUGACAGAGAUAGAUGCCCUCAGUGCAAAGGUGAGAAGGUUGUUCAGGAAAAGAAAGUCCUGGAAGUCCAUGUUGAGAAGGGCAUGCAGAACGGACAGAAAAUUACAUUCCCUGGGGAAGCUGAUGAAGCGCCGGAUACGGUCACUGGGGACAUAGUCUUCGUGCUUCAGCAAAAGGAGCAUCCUAAAUUUAAGAGAAAGGGUGAGGAUCUGUUUGUGGAACACACACUUUCACUUACUGAGGCCUUGUGUGGCUUCCAGUUUAUACUCUCCCACUUAGAUGGCAGGCAGCUCCUUAUCAAAUCACAACCUGGAGAAGUUGUCAAGCCUGAUUCUUACAAGGCCAUCAAUGAUGAAGGGAUGCCAAUGUACCAGAGACCUUUCAUGAAGGGCAAACUGUAUAUUCAUUUCAAUGUUGACUUCCCAGAUUCUUUAACUGCAGAUCAAGUUGAUGCACUGGCGAAAAUUCUUCCCCCGAAGGCCCAAUCACAACUAACAGACAUGGAGCUGAGAUGAGGAGGAAGCAGACUCAGCAUCAGGAGGCUUAUGACGAGGAUGAAGAAAUGCAUGGAGGAGCCCAGAGGGUGCAAUGUGCUCAACAGUGAGGAACUAUUGAGGCGAGGUGCUGGCUUUUGUCGUCCAAGGGAGUCGAUUGUGUUGUCAGGACCUUUAUAACUAGUGAUAAACUUGAAAUGCUAAUUCUGCGUUGAGGAUUUAUGUAUUGAUUUCAUAUAUGUGAUCAAUGUAACAAUUUUGUGUUUGUUGUCUGCCUUGACGUGUCUGUCCAAGUAAGGCUUGAACAAUGCACUACAAAAGCUUGUGCGCUCUUGGUAUUAAAACUUCGGGUCCUGAUCGGUUCUUC